AUGUUUUACGGUAUUAUUAUGGAUACUAUUCGAGAUGGUAUUGUUGGUUCAUAUGGAUUAGUUAUGUGGAAACGUAUUGUCAAGGAAAUUAAUUUACCAUCAGAAACAUUUGAACUUUAUUCACGAUAUGAUGAUAAAAUACUACAGAAUAUUUGUGAUUGUAUGGUAGAAAUUUUAAAUGAUGGUUCACGUGAUGAAUAUUUGCAAUUUUUUGGUGAAAAUUUUAUUCGCUAUUUUUAUAGAUACGGUUUUAAUAAGAUACUUCGAGUAGCUGGACGAAAUUUACGUGAUUUUCUUUUUGCUAUUGAUCAAUUACAUGAUUCAAAUCGAUUUACAUUUCCACAAAUGCAACAUCCUUUAUUUCAUGUUACAGAAGAAAAUGAAAAUGGAGUUAUACUUAAUUAUAAAAGUGUACGUUAUGGACUAGCUCAUUUUGCUAUCGGUGGUCUUAAAGCUGCAGCUUCAUUACUAUUUAAUGAAAACGAUCUUGAUGUAACUAUACAGCAUGAUUUUUCAAAUAAUCAAUAUUCAGAUAUUGUUUUUUGUGUACAUUUUGAUAAUAAAAAACAUCAAGUAAAACGAUUGUUUAACGUGCCAUCUUUGCCUCCUGUAAAAUCGAAAACUUUCUUUAGAAUAUUUCCUUUUUCAAUUCUUAUGGAUUCAACACUACGUAUUCAUCGUUUUGGUAAAAAUAUUCAAAAAGCUUUUCCUGAUGAUAUUUCUUUGAUUGGAAGACCACUUGAUGAAGUUUUUCGACUUAUUCGACCUGAUAUUCAUGUUGAAUGGGAUAGAGUCCUUUCUUAUAGUCGACAUAUGGUAUUUUUAAUGGAAAGUCGAUUACCAUUACGAUCUGGAUCAUCAGGCAAAAUUCAAUUGCAAGGUCAAAUGAAAUAUUUAGAAUAUGAAAAUAUGCUAUGGUUUCUAUGUCAUCCUGUUUUAGGAAGUGCAAAUGAUAUGAUAUCAGCUGGUUUACACUUAAAUGAUUUAAAUUUAUUCGAUAAUACAAGUGAUAUAUUAAUUACAGGUAUACAACAGGAACAUGAACUGGAAAUAACUAAAUAUAAACAACAUGUAUGGAUGAAAAAAGAGCCGGGUUUACGACAUAAAUUAAAUGUAUGCCAUGAAAAAAAUCAAGCAUUAUUACAUUCAACUAUGCCGAAACAUAUCACGCUAUUACUUCAGUCUGGUUUACAAGGAAAUAGUAUCUGCGAGUGUCAACCUUUUGUAACGAUAAUGUUCAUAGAUGUGAUGGAUAUGAAAACAUUAAGUGAUCAUCUUGAUGCUGCUCAUACUAUUACAUGUCUUAAUGAAGUUAUUGUUUUAUUUGAUACAAUAGCCGAUAAAUUUGAUGUAUUCAAAGUCGAAAUAAAAGCGGAUGGAAGUUAUAUGUUGGUUUCUGGUAUACAUGAUCAAUCACACUUAGUUCAAGAACAGAACAGAUCACAAAUAUUAUCAAAGAUAUCAAUCAAUGAAGAAGAAAAAUUUAAUAGAAAUUCAUUGGGACUUAAUCCAACUGAAAUUAUUGCCGAAUUAUCACUUGAAUUUUUACAUGCUAGUGAACAUAUUCAUAAUCCUGUUACCAAGAAACCAUUUCAUCUUAAACUUGGAUUUCAUUCAGGUACGGCUAUAGGUGGUAUUGUUGGUACACGUAAUUAUCAAUACUGUUUAUUCGGUGAUACUGUUAGUAUUGCAAGUCAAAUUACAGCUACUAGUGAAAUUGGUCGAAUACAUUUCAGUCAAAUGGCAUACAGUCAUCUGGUAGCAAACAACUGUUUUAAAAUUGAAUAUCGAGGACAAGUAGAUAUUAAAGGUAGCGGUCCAACUGAUACAUAUUGGUUGACAGGUUUAAAUGAAAAAUCAUGUACUACAAAAAUUAAUAAAAAUCAAACAAUAUUCAAAUGUCCAUUUAGUAUUCAAAAUUUAGUAUUAAAAUAA